AGUAAUCAUGAAGUACUUCGUUCUUCUGGCGCUGUUUGCUGUGGCUUUUGCUGCCCCCAUCGAGGACGAGGAUGACAAGAUCGUGGGAGGAUACGAGUGCAGGAAGAACUCUGUGCCCUACCAGGUGUCUCUGAACGCCGGGUACCACUUCUGUGGCGGGUCCCUGAUCUCCAGCACCUGGGUGGUGUCCGCCGCCCACUGCUACAAGUCUCGCAUCCAGGUGCGUCUGGGUGAGCACAACAUUGAAGUCAACGAGGGCACCGAGCAGUUCAUCAGCUCCGCCCGGGUCAUCAAGCACCCCCGCUACAGCAGCCGCAACCUGGACAACGACAUCAUGCUGAUCAAGCUGAGCAAGCCCGCCAGCCUCAACAGCUACGUCAAGACCGUGUCCCUGCCCUCCAGCUGCGCCAGCUCCGGCACGCGCUGCCUGAUCUCCGGAUGGGGCAACACCAGCAGCUCCGGCAGCAACUACCCCGACCGCCUGAGGUGCCUGGAUGCCCCAAUUCUGAGUGACAGCAGCUGCAGAAACGCCUACCCCGGACAGAUCACCUCCAACAUGUUCUGUGCUGGAUUCCUCGAGGGAGGCAAGGACUCUUGCCAGGGUGACUCCGGUGGCCCCGUGGUGUGCAACGGCCAGCUCCAGGGUGUGGUGUCCUGGGGUUACGGCUGUGCCCAGAGGAACAACCCUGGUGUCUAUACCAGGGUCUGCAACUACAACUCCUGGAUCAGGAGCACCAUGUCCUCCUACUAAGACAAGAGGAGCACCAUGUCCUCCUACUAAGACAACAGGAGCACCAUGUCCUCCUACUAAGACAUCUUUACUGGAGGGACUAGCUGCUCUGAGACAGGAGCCGUGACAACAACUGUUACUAUCAUGAAA